CCAGGACCGUCAACUCAAGGUAAGGAGCCACCAUCAAAAACUCCAGGACCGUCAAGUCAAGCUCCCGACUCAGGCGUGAGCUCAAGAACUCUAGAACCUCCUUCGUCAAGUGCUCCUGUUGGUGAUCAACCGACAAAUGAAAAUACUUCUGAUCCCUGUGAGACGGCUUUUGAAGAAAAUAUCCAGCAACAAACAGAUGCAAGUGGUGAGACUACACAAAACAAGAAGCCAGUAAGAGGACACUCACGUGGGGUUGAGUUGAACAAGGAAAUUGAGAGGACUGGAAAGAAGCGAGAAGUGGCGAUCCAUCCAGUCUUUGGCCAGCCAGUGACUAGACUAGAAUCUUCUGAUUUAGGGUCUUCUCUUGGCAAUAUUGCUCAUCUAUUUUUCUGGCCAAUUAAUAAGAAUCAUGACAAGGAUCGUAUACUGGAUGAGGUCAUAUUGAUGUUAGAGGUGAAACUGAACUUGGGAGACAUAAGAGAAAAUGGAGUGGAGAUGGAAAAGCUUUGGGGUCUCUUUCAGAAUGCUGUGAGAAGAAGAAGGGCAAACACUAAAAGAGAUUUCUGUACUAACAAAGCUCAUCCUAGGCAAAAUAAUCCCCCUUAUUUAAGUCAAGGAAAAUGGGAUGACUUGUGUGAUCAUUGGGGCACCGAAAAAGUUCAGGGAAUUGCGGAAGCAAACAUGUUAAAUCGAGGCCAAGUGGUAAAUCUGAACGCUCAAGGAAGUGUGGCCUAUGUUUGUUUGUACGAAGAGCAGAAAUCAAAAGCAGAAAACGGUGCCAUGUCCAAAAUGGAAUUCUACAAGUGGCAGGAUACCAAAGACACUGGAGAAUGGAGAACCCUAAGUAAAAAGGAGAAUUAUGAAAAGAUGCAAUUCCUUGUGGAAAGUACUCGAGACACUGAGGAUCCUAUAUCUGAA